AGGCUCCGCCUAGGUUCUUCGGCAGACUCCCGCCAGCGUCGCUGAGACUCUGGCGGAGGAGCAAGCGCACCGAGCUGGGAAGGAUGAGGCGCCCGCGGCGGCCUGGGGGUCCGGGGGGCUCCGGGGGCCUCCGGCUGCUGAUCUGCCUGCUGCUGCUGAGUGGCCGCCCCGGGGGCUGCAGCGCCACCAGUGCACACGGCUGUCUGUUUGACCGCAGACUCUGCUCCCACCUGGAAGUCUGUAUUCAGGAUGGCUUGUUUGGACAAUGCCAGGCAGGAGUGGGGCAGGUACGGCCCCUUUUGCAAGUCACUUCUCCAGUUCUCCAACGCUUACAAGGUGUGCUACGACAGCUCAUGUCCCAAGGACUAUCCUGGCACGAUGACCUCACCCAGUAUGUGAUCUCCCAGGAGAUGGAGCGCAUCCCCAGGCUUCGUUCCCCAGAGCCCCGUCCAAGGGACAGAUCUGGUUUGGUGCCCAGGAAACUUGGUCCUGCUGGAGAGCUAAUUUUACAGGGCAUCCCCACUGGCUCUGCCCCUGCUGCCCAAGGGCUUCCCCGACCUCCAGUGGGUGGGAGUGGAGCUGGGGCAGGCUCCUCCCUGUCCCCUCUGCAGGCUGAGCUGCUGCCCUCUCUCUUGGAGCAUCUGCUGCUGCCCCCACAGCCUCCCCACCCUGCCCUGAGUUAUGAACCUGCAUUGCUGCAACCCUACCUGUUCCACCAGUUUGGCUCCCGUGAUGGUUCCAGGAGCUCAGACAGUUCCCCAGGGGUGGCCAGUGUUGGCCCCCUGCCCAAGGCUGAAGCCCCUGCCCUCUACAGCAGAACUGCCUCCAAGGCCGUGUUUGGGGCCCGCUCUGGCCACUCCUAUGGGGACCUUCCAGGCCCCUCACCUGCUCAGCUUUUCCAGGAUGCAGGAUUGCUCUACCUGGCCCAAGAGUUGCCAGGGCCCAGCAGGGCCAGGGUGCCAAGGCUGCCAGAGCAAGGGGGCAGCAGCCGGGCAGAGGACUCCUCAGAGGGCUAUGAGGAAGGACUAAGGGGUCAUGGGGAGCAGUCCCCUUCCCAAGCCAUGCAACCAGAUACAAAUCUACAGAAACUGGCUGCAGUGCUAGCAGGCUAUGGGGUAGAGUUGCGGCAGCUGACUCCUGAGCAGCUCUCCACCCUCUUGACCCUGCUACAGUUACUGCCCAAGGGCACAGGAAGAAAUCUUGGAGGGGAUGUAAAUGUUGGAGCUGAUGUCAAGAAAACAACAGAGGAACAAAUGCAGGAAGGAGACACAGCAGAGCCUCAGCCUCCAACACCCUCCCUGCCUGGACACCCCACUGCCAGCCCCACUUCCAGUAAGGUCCAGCAGGUGCUGAGCCCUGCCUCCCCUGAGCCUCCCCGAACAGCCAGUCCUCCUGGAGUCGCACCCGUCCUGCUGGAGAAGAAAAGUCCCUUGGGCCAGAGCCCACCCACAGUGGUAGGACAACCUUCAGCUCAGCCAUCAACAGAAGAAUAUGGCUACAUCGUCACUGACCAGAAACCCUUGAGUCUAGUGGCUGGAGUGAAACUGCUGGAGAUCCUGGCUGAGCAUGUGCACAUGUCCUCAGGCAGCUUCAUCAACAUCAGUGUGGUGGGACCAGCCCUCACCUUCCGAAUUCGCCACAAUGAACAGAACCUGUCUUUGGCAGAUGUGACCCAGCAAGCUGGGUUGGUGAAGUCUGAACUGGAAGCACAGACAGGACUUCAGAUCUUGCAGACAGGAGUAGGACAGAGGGAGGAAGCAGCUGCAGUCCUUCCCCGGCCGGCCCAUGGCAUCUCUCCCAUGCGCUCAGUUCUGCUUACUCUGGUGGCCCUGGCAGGUGUAGCUGGGCUGCUAGUGGCUUUGGCAGUGGCUCUGUGUAUGCGCCACCAUGCACGGCAGCAGGACAAGGAGCGCCUGGCAGCACUGGGGCCUGAGGGGGCCCAUGGUGACACCACUUUUGAGUACCAGGACCUGUGUCGCCAGCACAUGGCCACAAAGUCCCUGUUCAACCGGUCAGAGGGUCAGCCAGAACCUUCUCGGGUGAGCAGCGUGUCCUCCCAAUUCAGUGAUGCUGCCCAGGCCAGCCCCAGCUCCCACAGCAGCACACCAUCUUGGUGUGAGGAACCUGCCCAGGCCAACAUGGACAUCUCCACGGGACACAUGAUUCUGGCAUACAUGGAGGACCAUCUGCGGAACCGGGACCGUCUGGCCAAGGAGUGGCAGGCCCUGUGUGCCUACCAAGCAGAGCCAAACACCUGUGCCACCGCUCAGGGUGAGGGCAACAUUAAGAAGAAUCGCCAUCCGGACUUCCUGCCCUAUGAUCAUGCCCGAAUCAAGCUGAAGGUGGAGAGCAGCCCUUCCCGGAGUGAUUACAUCAACGCCAGCCCCAUUAUUGAACAUGACCCUCGGAUGCCGGCCUACAUAGCCACACAGGGACCUCUGUCUCAUACCAUCUCGGACUUCUGGCAGAUGGUGUGGGAGAGUGGCUGCACUGUCAUCGUCAUGCUGACCCCGUUGGUGGAGGAUGGUGUCAAGCAGUGUGACCGCUACUGGCCAGAUGAGGGAUCCUCCCUUUACCACAUAUAUGAGGUGAACCUGGUAUCCGAACACAUCUGGUGCGAGGACUUCCUGGUGCGGAGCUUCUACCUGAAGAAUGUGCAGACCCAGGAGACGCGCACGCUCACUCAGUUCCACUUCCUCAGCUGGCCAGCAGAGGGCACUCCGGCCUCCACCCGGCCGCUGCUGGACUUCCGCAGGAAGGUGAACAAGUGCUACCGCGGCCGCUCCUGCCCCAUCAUAGUGCACUGCAGUGAUGGUGCGGGAAGGACAGGCACCUACAUACUUAUUGACAUGGUCCUGAAUCGCAUGGCAAAAGGAGUGAAGGAGAUCGAUAUUGCUGCCACCCUGGAACAUGUCCGUGACCAGCGACCUGGCCUCGUCCGCUCUAAGGACCAGUUUGAAUUUGCACUGACAGCUGUGGCAGAGGAGGUGAAUGCCAUUCUCAAGGCCCUGCCUCAGUGAGCAACCCCCCCAAGCCCCUCAGUGGGCAGCCUGGCCUCUACUCCCUCUACCUGCAUCAGCAUCUGUCUGUACACCCAUUCUUCACCCACCUGCCACCUCGCCCAUCUGGGGCAUGCCAGCCCUUUCCCAACCCAGUGUGGAAGGAAGGAAGGGUGAACAGAAGGGGCAGGUCUGCCCAGCCUCAUGCAUGCCAGAACCAGGGAAGCUCAUGGGAAGCUGGCAGCAGGCACGAGGAGUGGACACCAGGAGCAAAUGUGCUCGGCCUCAUCCUACCUAAGUCCCUGGCCCCCUUUCCUAUGGUACUGGAUGCUUCCAGCCAGUCCACGUAUCCCCCCAGCCUGUGGUGUGUGGACAGAGCAGAAUGAGAAGGCCCCAACUUCCUCAGCCCUACCACUGGCCUGCUACCUUGACCCUGCUCAGCCACUCUCCUUCUAGCAUAAGAGAACAUUUCUAGAAAGAUCUACUUUUGUAUCAGUGUGAAUAAAGUUAGUGUGUUGUCUGUGCAGCUGCAA